AUGGUGUCACAUCUACGCCGCCCUCAUCCUUGCUCUCUGCACUGUUGUAUGCAGAAAAUUCCCGAUACCGUCCGGGACUCGGACGCGGGCUCCGGCCUGCUAGCAAUGAGCGCGUUGAUCUGGGUUGUGAGGCGGUUCCAGCGCCUGACCGGCGACCUCCGUCGCAUUGCCACCAGCAUGGACAAGCCCACCGUCUCGGGGUUGAAGGCGCUGCGGAACGAGAUGGUAGCCCUCAUCAAGAAGCAAGUCCCGCUCAUACGGUCGGGGAAAACCGUUGUUGCUGCCGACGCCUGUGACGACGACGGCGAGGAAGUCCAUUCUGCAUCCGUACCAGUAGGGGUCGCCCCGAACGUCGCUGAUGCGCGUGGCAAGUCGGGAGUCGGCGUCGACGAGGCCGAUGCGGCCGCAGGAAAGGGGGUGACCGGGACUGAGGUUGUUCACGGGAAUGAUGAUGGGGUCCAGGAUCGCGAGGAGGAACGUGAGGGUGAGGGGGGCUCGGAGGAGUCGUCGGGGUCGGGGUCGCGAUCGGGGUCGGGCUCGGAGUCGGAGGAGGAGCAGGAGCAGGAGACGCAGGAGCACGAGAGGCAGCACCAGGAGGAGCAGUUGGUAGAGGUGGAGGACGUGGAAAUGGCGGAGGGGUACGUUGUCGGAGGAGCGGAGGAAACGGGUGGGAGAUCGGCGGAUGUCGAGAACGACGAAGGGGAGGGGAAGGGUGCGACAGCGAAUAUCGGCGAGGUCGGCGUGGAGGCGGCUCACGGAGGUGGUGGCAUGGUCGAGGUCGGUGAAGGGGAUAACGCCGCGGUCCCGGAGCAGAGGGGCGUGGAUGUGCAUACCGAUGCCACCGCGGAGAAGGCCGGCGGGGAGCGGUCUAGGAGGAAGAAGGCGGCGAGCGGUCAUCCCGGUUCCACCGCGGCUGGGCGGCAGGCGCGGCUGGACGUCGUCGAUCAGCUGAGGGCGGAGAACAGGCGAUUGCGUGCAGACAAUGCACUCCUUGAACGGCGGCUCGGUGAGCAGACGGGGCGGGUCGACAGCUUGGCGGCGGCAUUAGCUGGGCUCCUCGAGAAGGUGAAGGGUUUGACCGCCCAGGUCGCCGACACCGACCGGAAAUCGGAGGAGCGCCUCAAAGAGGCCACGUCGACCAUGGCGACCACAAUCACCGAGGGCCUCACCGACAACAUGGACAGCGCCAUUCAAUCGGCCAAGUCCUUCGCCGAGCUAGCAAGGCAGACGCUGCUGGAUCUUGACGACCCCAAGGGACGAGCGGCGGUCGCACGCGCGACCGCGGUGAAGACAGUGACCGAGCACGUGACGGCGGAGGUGGGCGAGGCGAGGAAGGGGUUGGAGGAGUCGUUCAUCAAAUACAUCGGCGCCGCGCAGACCAACAUUGCCGCCGCCGAGGACGUGCUGAAGGCGGUGACGGAGACCACGCAGCAGUCCUUCCUCGCCUCCGGACUGAAGAUAAUGGCCGAGGUCGUCGGCACGGUGGCGUAUGCUCGGCGUGGGUCGUCGCCGUCGGCAAACGACGCCGGCCAAGCGCAACCUACGAAGGGCUUGAAGCUGGGUCACAAGAGGCGGGGAGGCGGCGGGGGGGGCAACGGGGACAAUUUGGCGAACACGAAGCGGAGCAAGGGAGGCGGGGGGUCUGGCGGCGGGGGGGGGGGACGGAGACGAUUCGGCGGGCGCGAGGCGGACCAAGGGAGCGGCUGUGGGCCACGUGUAGUGCCGGUCGUCGCCGCCCGUACUCCUGCAGACCCAAAGUCCGCGUUGUUGCGCGCCCAGCUGGGCGCACUAGCGUCGACUGAGAGGACUCAGCAGGCUUCUGGCUCUGGCUCUAAGCCGUCGUCGGCGAAUGUCGCACCACCCACCCAUGUGGCAGUUGAUGUGGAGAAGGCGGCGGAGAAGGGCGUUCGUGCCGCGCUUGCCACCGGCGGCGGCGCCGUUGAGGAGGUCCCCGCAGACGCUGAUAUCGCUGCCAUACAGGCCCAUCUGGAUGCAGCCAAUCCCCGAACCCUGGCCAUCUCCGACACGGAACAUGUGGAGCCUUCGGCGGGACUCGUCGGCAUCGCGGCAGAGCCUAGUGCGACCGGUGAUGCGGUCGGUGAAGGAAAGUCGAAACGGAAGUGGAAGGCGGGCUCACAGAGGAAGACACGGGAGAAGUCGGAGGUGAAGGCGGCGGAUAAACAGAAGGGGAUGGCGACGGAGACGGCGGCGGACAAAGAUCGAGGCGGCAUUGGGGAGGUUGAAGGGAAAGGGGAGAAUCAGGAGAAGUUGCCCGGCGAGGGUACGUCGACGGGGAGGAAGGGGAAGGACAAGUCGGUCGGAGAAGGUGCGUCGACCGGGAGAAAGGGGAAGGAGAAGGCGGUCGGCGAGGGUUCCUCGAAGGGGAGAAAGGGAAAGAGGAAGGCGGAGGAGGAGGAUGAGGAUGUCGAGGAGGUGGAGGAGGUCGAGCAGGAGGAAGAGGAGGAGGAGGAGGAGGAGGAGGAGGAGGAGGAGGAGGAGGAGGAGGAGGAGGAGGAGGAGGAGGAGGAGGAGGAGGGGAAGGGCAAGGAGAGGAGGGGUCAUGGCAUCCGACACGAUACCUCGGGCGACAAGCAAGGGUGGGUCGGCGAGAUUAAGGUGCACGGCAUCAAUCGAUACAUCGGCAAGUCGCGGGACAAGAUGGAGCUCGCGUACGUUCACUCCAUCGCGUACGUCGUCUACGACGGUUUCGUGAGCAAGGUGCUCAUGACCGAGCUCACCGGCUUGGACAGCGCCGAAUUGGAGAGGUGGAAGGAGGUGUGGGAGGAGGUCAGGAUCUUGCCGACAGGGAUGUGGACGGUGAUGUGGGCCCGGGGUACGCUCCUUCCAAAGACACGGCUGACAGAGAUCCUCGACGCGUAUCGCCAUUACAAGUCCACAGGCGAUUGUCUCCACGCCGCGCUCCUGCCAGUGAUAUGGUACCCAGUCGAUGCUAGCACCGAGGAAGGCCGAGAGAAGUCGGCGUUCAUGAUGUCGGCGAUGAUAGGCCGCGUGUCAAUGUGCGCUGCAUAUGGGAAGACCGCUGCGGCAGCGGCGAAGAAGGAGGGAGACAAGGAGGAGAAGACGGAUAUGGCGGCAUGGGCGUUAGCAGCAUCCGCAUGCGCUGUGUGGUGCUUCGUCGAGAACGGCGAUGCCCAGCUGGCGGAUGCUGUGGAAGAAGGGAAGUCGGCGGCGAUCAUCGGCGGAGCGAGCCAGGCGACCGCCGAUGUAUUCGGAAAAGUCAUGGAGGCGGUGCUGAAAGCCGAGAUGAACAGGGACCGCCCCCUGGGAGAGGUUGCCUACAACGUCGCGCCAGCACUCCAGAGGACCGCCCUUGAUAGGGUCUAUCCGGGGGGGAAUGCUGGAGUAGAUACCGACGUUAUCGCUAGAGCGACGGUUGAGACGAUGGCGUUUUGGGGAAUGUGCCCCGUCGCCGGGCCGAAACUAAGAGCGAGGGACAUCGCGGUGCCGAUUGACGCGCAGAUGAAGGCCGAUCUUGACAACAGGGGGAGGAAGGGUCUGAGGGGCAAGAAGGGGACGAAGACCAAGGGCGGCACGGAGAAGGGCAAGAUGUCGAAGAAGGACAGCACGACGGCCUAG